CAGAGGGUGUCAGAUCUUUCAGAGUGCACCAGGCUGGAACGAGCAGAGCUUCUUAGCAACUCCCCCCCUCCACCCCCCGCCCCAUUCUCGCGCUCUCUUCCUCCCUCAGACAACUAGCUCCCCCUCUCUCCUCCCCCCUCCACGUAAUUCCGAAAGAGCAGAAGAAAGAGGAGAACAAGAAAAGAGGAGCGAGUAAGCGAGAGUGGAAGCACAGGGGGAAAAAAAAGCCUGAAGAGGUUCAAAGGGGAGGAAAGGGAAAGGAUGGACAACCACAAAACGCAGCGAUUGCGGAAAUUUUCCAGCGCCAUUGGCUGGGCAGCGUGAGUCCUUUGGUCGGGCGUGAUUUCAGCACCGGGGGGACUGGACAGCACCUCGGGGGGACUUCUGGGCAACCCGCAACCACAGCAAGAACUCCACCAGCAGCCUCAACAACAGAAGCCGCCGAAAAGCCUGCUUUGUAUCAGAGAGGCAAGGAUGGUUGCUGUUACUUUGUGAUGAGAUCGGGGAUGAAUUGCUCGCUUUAAAAAUGCUGCUUUGGAUUCUGUUGCUGGAGACGUCUCUUUGUUUUGCCGCUGGAAACGUUACAGGGGACGUUUGCAAAGAGAAGAUCUGUUCCUGCAAUGAGAUAGAAGGGGACCUACACGUAGACUGUGAAAAAAAGGGCUUUACAAGUCUGCAGCGUUUCACCGCCCCGACUUCCCAGUUUUACCAUUUAUUUCUGCAUGGCAAUUCCCUCACUAGACUUUUCCCUAAUGAGUUCGCUAACUUUUAUAAUGCAGUUAGUUUGCAUAUGGAAAACAAUGGCUUGCAUGAAAUCGUUCCGGGGGCUUUUCUGGGGCUGCAGCUGGUGAAAAGGCUACACAUCAACAACAACAAGAUCAAGUCUUUUCGAAAGCAGACUUUUUUGGGGCUGGACGAUUUGGAAUACCUCCAGGCUGAUUUUAAUUUAUUACGGGAUAUAGACCCCGGAGCUUUCCAGGACUUGAACAAGCUGGAGGUACUCAUUUUAAAUGACAAUCUUAUCAGUACCCUACCUGCCAAUGUGUUCCAAUAUGUGCCCAUCACCCACCUCGACCUCCGGGGGAACAGGCUGAAAACGCUGCCCUAUGAGGAGGUCUUGGAGCAAAUCCCUGGCAUUGCUGAGAUCCUGCUAGAGGAUAACCCUUGGGACUGUACGUGUGAUCUGCUGUCCCUGAAAGAAUGGCUGGAAAACAUUCCCAAAAAUGCCCUGAUCGGCCGAGUGGUCUGCGAAGCCCCCACCAGACUACAGGGUAAAGACCUCAAUGAAACCACCGAACAGGACUUGUGCCCUUUGAAAAAUCGAGUGGAUUCUAGUCUCCCGGCGCCCCCUGCCCAAGAAGAGACCUUUGUUCCUGGCCCCUUGCCAACUCCUUUCAAGACAAAUGGGCAAGAGGAUCAUAUCACCCCAGGGUCUGCUCCAAAUGGAGGUACAAAGAUCCCAGGCAACUGGCAGAUCAAAAUCAAACCCACAACAGCGAUAGCAACGGGUAGCGCCAGAAACAAACCCCCAGUCAAUGGCUUGCCCUGCCCUGGGGGCUGCAGCUGCGACCACAUCCCAGGGUCGGGUUUAAAGAUGAACUGCAACAACCGGAACGUGAGCAGUUUGGCUGAUUUGAAGCCCAAGCUUUCCAACGUGCAGGAGCUUUUUCUGCGAGAUAACAAGAUCCACAGCAUCCGAAAAUCUCACUUUGUGGAUUACAAGAAUCUCAUUUUGUUGGAUCUGGGCAACAAUAACAUCGCCACCGUGGAGAAUAACACUUUCAAGAACCUUUUGGACCUCAGGUGGCUGUAUAUGGAUAGCAACUAUCUGGACACGCUGUCCCGGGAGAAAUUCGCUGGACUGCAGAAUCUAGAGUACCUGAACGUGGAGUACAACGCGAUCCAGCUCAUUCUCCCCGGCACUUUCAAUGCCAUGCCCAAACUGAGGAUCCUCAUUCUCAACAACAACUUGCUGAGGUCCCUCCCCGUGGACGUUUUCGCUGGGGUCUCGCUUUCUAAGCUCAGCCUGCACAACAAUUACUUUAUGUACCUCCCGGUGGCAGGGGUACUGGACCAGUUAACCUCCAUCAUUCAGAUAGAUCUGCAUGGAAACCCCUGGGAGUGUUCCUGCACCAUUGUGCCUUUCAAACAAUGGGCAGAACGCCUGGGUUCCGAAGUGCUGAUGAGCGACCUCAAGUGUGAGACGCCUGUGAACUUCUUUAGAAAGGAUUUCAUGCUCCUCUCUAAUGACGAGAUCUGCCCCCAGCUGUAUGCGAGGAUCUCGCCCACGUUAGCUUCGCACAGUAAAAACAGCACUGGGUUGGCGGAGACCGGGACGCACUCCAACUCCUACCUAGACACCAGCAGGGUGUCCAUCUCGGUGUUGGUCCCGGGACUGCUGCUGGUGUUUGUCACUUCCGCCUUCACCGUGGUGGGCAUGCUCGUGUUUAUCCUGAGGAACCGAAAGCGGUCCAAGAGAAGGGAUGCCAACUCCUCGGCGUCCGAAAUUAAUUCCCUACAGACAGUCUGUGACUCUUCCUACUGGCACAAUGGGCCUUACAACGCAGACGGGUCCCAUAGAGUGUAUGACUGUGGCUCUCACUCGCUCUCGGACUAAGUCCUCAACCCUAACAGGGGAGGGGAGCCGGAAAGCGAUAAACAUCCUCCCCUACCGCCGGCAUCCCAGGGGUUAGAGGAGCGCUGAACCCAAAUCCAGCUUGCCCCAAGCCUUGAUGGACAUAAGUAAAUAAAUAACGAUAAACUCACUUAACUGAAGGGGUCUGACCUCAUAGCAGCUCCCUUCUGGAAACAAAGAGCAGACUGUGCGGAGCUGGGAGAGCGCUCAACUAGCUUGCUCUAUGCUCUGAGGUCCUUUUGAGUGAAAGCCCAGCCUGGGCUCUGCCAGAAGAAUUGACAGUGCUCUUACCCCGGGCAAGGACCUGUGGGGAUGGCUGCCGCAGUUCUAUACAUAUAUACAUAUAUCCACAUCUAUAUAGAGAGAUAGAUAUCUAUUUUUCCCCUGUGGACAGCCCCAUGAUGGCUCCCUGUUGGCUACGCAGGGAUGGGCAGUUGCACGAAGGCAUGAAUGUAUUGUAAAUAAGUAACUGACUUCUGACAAACGAAAAGUGCUGCAUGGCUCGCAUGGAAUCCACGCGCUCCAGGGACUCUGCCCGCCCCCCGCCCCCCCCCUGCUCCUCCCAGCAACUGGAGAUGGCGUCUCCUUCACAGCACCCAUCCUCUUACCUGAUAAGUCCCAUCAUCAAACUUUCUAUAAACAAAAUACAGUAUAAUCAGAAAGUGCCAUUUCGCCAUUAUUUGUGAUCAGUAGGCAGUUCCAAGAGUAUGUUUACUGUGAAAAAAAAAUGUAAAGGUUUUAUUUAAGACAUUUGCAUGGCUAAUCAUCAGUCCAUUUUAUGAGUUAGCAAUGUAUUUUGUUGAGGGAAGUUUUUAGGGGUUGUUUUGGGUUCUUUUAUUUUCAUGGUAAUGUUUUAUUUUAUUUUUUUGAGGGGUAAUAUUUUUCUAUACAUAUCCAAUAAUGCCUUCCAUCUGAAUGUAAAAUAAGUACCCAUGAUUUCUAUUAUAGUACCAGUGUAAUUAUUUAAGAAAAAAAAAGAUUUUGAGGCAGUUAAGCAUGACCAAUUAAUGUCACUCUAGUGCUUAGGCUGCGAUCAUAUGGUAGCAAUUCUGUGCUGGUAUAAAUCUUACUUAUAAAGUAGGAAAGAAGAACCAAGGAAGCACGUGAAACUUACUAAUUCUAUUCGAGGAUUUUAUAAUGGCAUAUUUUUUCAGUAUUAAAGUGAAAAUGUUUUCAAA